AAAUAUUUUGUAUUAAAGAUGGAGAAAGAAAAUGCCGUCCAAGCGGUAGUUGUAAUGGAUAUAUUUAAUAAUAACUUUGAUCCUAUAACAAAAUACAAACCAAUGGGCUUAUUUACGGUCGCUGGAGUUCCUCUGGUAAACUACGUCCUUGAAUCUCUGGCUUUGGGAGGAGUUGACGAAGUGAUAUUAUUUUGUUGCAACGAUGGAGUUAAAAUCAAGGAGCACUUAAGGAAAGCGAAAGAGCAGAGAGCACCAUGGAGUCUAACUCUAGACGCACAGGUGCUGAUGUCGGACACUUGCCAAACCAUGGGCGAUGUGAUGCGAGAGAUAGAUGCUGCUGGUCUGAUCCGAGGGUACUUUGUGUUGAUGUCCAUCAACAGUAUCGCUAAUAUACCUUAUGCUUCUAUGCUGGAGCAACAUAAAACAUUAUGCAAGAAAGACAAAGGAGCAGCCAUGACUCUGGUCUACAAGAAAGUGUCUUGGGAGCACCCUCUCAUUGGUACAGACAAACCCAUAUUUUUAGCAGCUGAUGGAAAUACACGAAAAGUACUGAUUCACAAGAAAUACAAACCCAAGUCUAAGGAUAAAACUAUCACACUGCCUUUGGAAAGUGUCCUCAGCCAUUCUGAAGUAAAACUGCACCACAACUUGCUCGAUGCUAACAUAGCGCUGUGCUCACCGUCUGUGCCUCCGCUGUUCUCAGACAACUUCGAUUUUCAAACCAGGGACGACUUCAUCAAUGGCAUACUCAUCAAUGAGGAGAUACUGGCCAGUUCGUUGUACUACGUGCUUUUGAAGGACAAUAUGUAUGCUACCACUGUGACUAACUGGAGGACAUUUAAAAUUAUAAGUCGCGACAUUAUCCACCACUGGGCGCUGCCGUUAUCUAUAGAGAGUGGUUCUCUGUACCAAGACAACUACGAAUUCAUGGGUAACCACAAUUUUUGCAACAAGACUGCUACUUUGAGUAGGUCCUGCAGUGUCCAAGAAGACGUUUUAAUAGGAGCCAAUACCAAAAUCAACGACAACACAGUCAUAAACAAAUCCGUCAUCGGUAGCAAUUGCGUCAUAGGCAAAAACGUGACAAUCUCCGGCAGCCAUAUUGGAAACCAGACAGUCAUAAAUAACUGUAAAAUCAUCAACAGUUUUAUUGAUGAGAAUUGUGUAGUUGAGAAUGAUUGUGAGUUAGAAAAUGGGACGAUUCUCACUGCAAAUGUGAAGUUGUCUAGGGGAACUAAGUGUAAGGGGUCAGUGGUGGAAGAAGGCUUGGAUUCAAAUGAGCAUAAACUCGCAAAAUCUACAUCAGAAAGUGGAACGGAAUGGGAGAACGAGUCAACGGGAAGCGAGGAGGACGAAGCGAUAGGCUUCGAGAAAACUUGGAGCGACAGCGAAUCAUGCUACUCUUCGGACAGCAGUGCGGAAUCUUCGAUACCUGACUCGCCAGUACCUGAUGAUACUAAUAUUUUCCUUCAAGAAGUAAUCGACAGUUUAGCCAGAGGGUACGAUGAGAAACUAAAGUGCGACUACCUGAUUUUGGAAAUCAACUCUUCAAGAUACGCUUAUAACAUUCAGUUGCAUGAAGUAAAUUUCUUCGUAGUACGGGCCCUGCUCAGCCUGCCAGUACUUACGGAUACUAAGAAUGUUGUAGCAGUGGUGAAAGAUAUCAUAAAGUUCUUCAGGCCUGUUUUGGCUAACUAUAUUAAGACUAAAUCUUCGAUCAUGGAUUGUUUGAAAGCUGUUGAAGAAAGUUGUAUCAAAUGCGAAUGGCUCAACGGAAAGGGGGGGCAAGUCAUACAACUGUUAUACGGAGCGGACGUCGUGGACGAGGACUCGCUACUCGAAUGGUACAAUGACCUUCAGGAGAACGAGAGCCCCAUCGCCACGCAGCCCUCGCUGGUCAAGUUCUUUGAGUGGCUACAGGAGGCCGAGAGUGAGGAAUCUGACUGAGGGAACACUUGUUUAACGCCAUGGCUUGCGUGGGCGACGGUCGCGCGAUGGUCGCGCGACGGCGAUGCGACGCAUACGAAAUCAAACCUUAUCAAUAUGGAAGUAUGAGACGCGACGGCGACGGUCGCGCGACCGUCGCCCACGCAAGACACGGCGUAAUGAACAGAUUUAUUGUUAAUAUAAUAUGAUAAAUGUUU